CUCGGGGCCCGGUGUCAUGGCGGGGCUGACCCUGUUCGUGGGCCGCCUCCCGCCCACGGCCCGCAGCGAGCAGCUGGAGGAGCUGUUCAGUCAGGUGGGGCCCGUGAAGCAGUGCUUCGUGGUGACUGAGAAAGGGGGUACGGCGUGCCGAGGCUUUGGCUAUGUCACGUUUUCCAUGCCGGAAGAUGUUCAGAGGGCCCUCAAGGAGGUCACCACCCUCGAAGGCUGCAAGAUCAGCGUCACUCUGGCCAAGAGAAAACUGAGGAACAAGUCUAAGGUCAAGGGAGAGGAAAAACUGGAGUCCCCAAAGAAGGUGCCGAAGCCCCCCAAAGCCAAAGUGGCAGACAAGAAAGCCAGAUUAAUUAUCCGGAAUCUGAGCUUUAAGUGUUCGGAAGACGACUUGAAGACGGUGUUUGCUCCGUUCGGAGCUGUCCUCGAAGUGAACAUCCCGAGGAAGCCAGAUGGGAAGAUGCGUGGCUUUGCUUUCGUUCAGUUCAAGAACCUCCUAGAAGCAGGGAAAGCUCUCAAAGGCAUGAACAUGAAAGAGAUCAAAGGGCGGACAGUGGCUGUGGACUGGGCUGUGGCGAAGGAUAAAUACAAAGGCUCUCAUGCUGUCCCCGCCGAGGCUGCAGGAGACAGAGAGAACCCUGAACCGAAACAGCAAGGAUCAGGGAAAGAGAAUGGCAGAGAGGAGGAGGAGGGUGACAGCGAUGAUGACGAAGGGGAUGGAGAUGAAGACGAGGAAGAAGAGUCAACGAUGCCCAAGCCCGUGCAGGUCCAGCAGAGGGCUGUCAAGAGAGCUGCGCCUGCAGAGAGCAGCGAAGAGGAUCCCUCUGAUGACGACGAGGACAGUGACCUUGAGCGAGGAGAUGGGACCGGCAAUGACAGCGAGGAACUGAGCGACGUGGACUCUGACGAGCAGGAGAAUGAAGAUGUACAAAUCUCAAAGAAAAAGCAGAGGAAAUUACCCUCUGACGUGAGUGAAGGGAAGACUGUUUUUAUCAGAAACCUGUCCUUUGACUCGGAAGAAGAAGACCUUGGGGAGCUGCUUCAGCAGUUUGGGGAUCUCAAAUACGUCCGCAUAGUCUUGCAUCCAGACACAGAGCACUCCAAAGGAUGUGCGUUUGCCCAGUUCCUGACUCAGGAAGCUGCUCAGAAAUGCUUGGCUGCUGCUUCUCCAGAGACCGAGGGUGGUGGGCUGAAGCUGGAUGGCCGGCAGCUUAGGGUUGACUUGGCCGUGACCCGGGACGAGGCUGCAAAGCUUCAGACGAAGAAGGUGAAGAAGCCCACUGGCACGCGGAACCUCUACCUGGCCAGAGAAGGCUUGAUCCGGGCUGGGACGAAGGCUGCAGAGGGCGUGAGCGCUGCGGACAUGGCCAAGAGAGAGCGGUUUGAGCUGCUGAAGCACCAGAAACUCAAGGACCAGAAUAUCUUCGUCUCCCAGACCAGGCUGUGCCUGCACAACCUCCCCAAGGCCGUGGACGACCAGCAGCUGCGGAAACUGCUGCUGAGUGCCACCCGCGGGCAGAAGGGGGCCCGCCUCAAGGAGUGCAGGGUGAUGCGAGACCUGAAAGGCGCUCACGGGAACACCAGAGGCCAGUCGCUGGGCUACGCCUUUGCAGAGUUCCAGGCCCACGAGCACGCCCUGGCCGCCCUGCGCCACCUCAACAACAACCCGGACAUCUACGGGUCACAGAAGAGGCCGAUAGUGGAGUUUUCUCUGGAAGACCGGCGGAAGCUGAAGGUGAAGGAGCUCAGGCUCCAGCGCAGCCUGCAAAAGUUGAGGCCCAAGCCUGCCCCUGGUAAGCCGCAGCUGGCGCCCUCCACCCCGGGGAAGCAGCAGCUUCAGAAGGCAGCUCCCCACCAGGCCCAGGGCCAGAGCCAGGUGCCCCCGGAGCAGGAGGGGACGGCGUGGGCGGGCUUCCAGACCAAGGCUGAAGUGGAACAUGUGGAGCUCCCUGGUGGGAAGAAGAGGAGGAAGGUCCUGGCGCUCCCCUCGCACCGAGGCCCCAAGAUCAGGUUGCGGGACAAAGGCAAGGCGAAGCCUCUCCCGACCAGUAAGCUGAAGCCCCAGCCCAAGCAGAAGCGGCAGGAGAAGCAGAAGCUGCCGUCCAAGCAGGUGCCCAAGAAGAAAGCCAAGGGCAAUGAGACAGAAAUCCGCUUCCACCAGCUGGUCGAGCAAUAUAAGCAGAAGCUCCUGGGUCCUUCCAGAGGUGUGCCCCUGGCAAAGAGGAGCAAGUGGUUUGACAGUUGACCCACCAGCAGCCUGGGCCAGAGCCACAUGCAUGAAACUGGGAAGCCCUGGUGAAGCCCCCAGUCACCCCCACCCCUUACCUCCCCAUGUCUGACUGAGGGGUGCUGGGUGAGGAUCCUAAGCUGCACCCACCUGGACACUGUCUCUCCUCUCAGAGGACCCGGGGGCUUGGGCGCGUCAAGACAUGCCGGGAGCGGUGUGUCGGGGUGCCUCAGGGAAAUGGGGCGGAUUUUGAAGAUGUGUGUUCUUUUUUUCCCCCUGCCUUUUGUUCUUUUUUAAAAAAAUCAUUUUAUUAGGAGCUCA